UUCGGGGGGAGUAAAUCAACACAUAAUGAUUGAUUAUCACUUUUCAUUAAAUUACUACUAUUCUUACAUAAUUUUAAUACAUGGUUAUUAUUUUUUAAUUUUUUAUUAUUUAUUAAUUUUUAUUCAUUUUUAAUUUUUUAACAUUUACAAUAAAUAACAAUUAUUACAUAUAUUAAUUAGAAAAUAUAUUUGAGCAAAGAAAGUUGAUCAAAUCAAACAUCAAAGAACAACCUCAAAUCAGCACAAGUGGCCACCAGAUGAAGGAUCAAGUUUGGAUUUUUAUUCCCCGCACGGAGUAAGCAAACACAUGCAGGAGGCAAAUAUGGAGAUCUUAUGAAAUGCAACUUCGGUAAGUUUUAAAUCUGUUUAAACACAUAAAUAUAGUCUAGAAUUUGAGGACUCAGUGGUUGGAAAAAACGUUAUUUUUUUGUGCUUCUACAGGGUCUGCAAAGUUGUAACGUUAAUUAUCUCACUGUGGCACGUGAGAUGGAGUCACUAUUUUAUCAUUUGUUACAGUUGUCUUUUUUUGUUGUUUUUUUUGUCCAAAGUUUAUUGAAGAGGGUAAAAUUUUAAAAUUAAAUGUUAAAGGGAGCUUGUUGAAGCUUUGGAAUAAAUGUACAAUACAUGAUGAAUAUUGCAGUGAGAAUUUUUAGAUGCAAUGUAGACAAAAAAUAUAGAUAUAAAAUAUAGACAAAACGUAUUUUUUUAAAUAACACCUUUAAUUCAUUUUCGGGAAAACAUCUGUACAUAAGUGUAAUAUUGUAAAAUAAUUUAGCUUUAAAUUAAAAUUGGAAGCCUUUGUAAUCUAAAAUGCCUGUUUUCCUGUAAACUGGAAGUUAACAGUUUACAAUAAAGCUGUUAACUUUUCUGUAAGUAAACGUGUAAGUUAACGGUUCUGUAAAUUCACUUUGGCAGUGAAGGAGACACUAACGGUUGGAGCUCUUAACGGAAGUUGAUAUUCGAGUGGAAGCGCCAGUCCUCCGGAGAUGUCGGAAAGUCGGUCUGACACGCUCUCAUUUGACAAUCAAGAAAUGGCGAGAGUUCUUGUAACAACAUUCAAAAAUGAAAAAGAGACUUCGAAAAACAUUUUCAGUGUUUCAACUGCCAGCAAUCUUGUUGAGGAGAUUCUUGCCAACCAUUCUGGAUUUUUGCUGGACAGGCUACAGAAAUUUAAUUCUGACUUCUUGGAGUACAUUGAUGUUGACAUUAAUGUUGAAAUUAAGGACUUGGACAGAUUCUACGUGUUUCUAUCAACUGGAGGGCCCCUGGUAGAAGUGUCUCGUGAGGAGCAAAUUCCAAACCAGCCCCAUGCUAAUUCAGGAGAAGACGGUCAGACCCAUACAGGAGAAGACAGUGAGCCUCUAAAAUCGCUCCUAAUGAAAAAAGCACCACAAAUCUUUGAGGAGUAUGAAAACACAGGCUUCCUGUCAGGGAAGUCAAGAAAAUGUAUAGUGAAAAUGUGCGUGGGAGACCUAGUUCAGAGGUGUGGUUAUUAUCCUCUUAGUGGAGACAAGUCAGCCUUAGCGAAGAGCAUCAUUACCAUCUUCCCAUCUCUGAGUAUCCAGGUGGCUGGAGAAGGGGAGGGAUUUGAGCAUUUCUAUGAUCCAGCAUCCCACAGUGGAUUCAUUGAGAUAAAAUUGCGUAACCUUCGGCGGAAUCUACAACAACAUGAAAGACGCUACAGAAAGCGAAAAGUAACCAGUUACCCGGAGGAUGCACAAACAUCCAGUGCAACCGAGACCGAAAAUGAUAAUACCAUGAAUGAAUGGGUAACCUUGAUCAAGAGAUUGCGGCCCUCUUCGGAAAACCUUUCAGUAAUAAAGUCUGGGAUGGAAAAAACAUUCACACAGCGCAGAGCAUGGAUUACAAGGGAAUCGCCCACACUUGCAGAAAUAUUGCGUGAAUAUCCACGAUUUAUGGACAUGCCGAGUCUGCUGGACUCAGAGUUUGGAAGGUUGACAGGUGAAAAGACAGACCUUUUCCUUCGUAGAUGGGAGACCAACAUCAUGCCAAAACUUAGAGUUGUGGCUGCCAUGGAACCUGGACUCAGCACUCUUUUGAGAGGAUUUGAAAACAUGACUGAAGAGGAGGCUUGUUACAGAACACUCGUGGUACUAACACACCUUCUGCCCCCUGUUAGUGGAAGACAAUGUAGCGUCAAGGAAACAAUAACACACCUUCUAGAUUUUGUGCCGACUGGAACAAGAAUAGCAUCCCUCUGCAAUGAUUCUGCUACUUCAUCAACAAACCAUCAGCCCCAGCUCAUCUGCAUCGGUAAUCUGCGGUCGUCAAAGCAGUAUGUCAUCGUUGCAAAAAAUGACAAAGUCACCAUCCCCCUGGACGAUGGACUCACAUGUGCUGUGGACAAGCUUUUUAAGCUGUACUGGGUGUUUAACUUGUGUUAUCCAUCCCAACUCGGACCUGUCUUUACAUUUUUUGAGUACAUCUAUGAUCUUCCAUUCUCCACACAAAGAAAAACAAGGGUGAUUGAAUUGAUUGCACAACUUAAAGCUUGUAAAUGAAAUGUAUUGUUGUCCAAAAUGUAGACAAACUGGUUUCAAAGAGGUGAAAAAUCUCC